AAUAAACUUGGAUAGUCAUCCAUGUCCGCUCAUUGGAUAAGCUCGCCAUGUGAUCAAAUCCACAUUCCUUCUCCAACUUCUUUUCCCUCACGAAGACUGAGCAACGACAGAACUAGAAAAAAGUUCAUUCAGUUCAUACCCAGCAAUGAUGGCAUGGUGCACUCGUUACAGAGUCCGUUGGGUUAAUCUUAACAAUAACCGUUGCUGCUUCACUAGCUUGACCCCGAAAUGGAUCGAUGUCAGUGAAGUCAUGUCGGAGAGUUUUGCGGACUACCAAAUCACUGCUUUGGCUCCUUCGAAAGAGAGAAAAGAGGUACCCCUGCCGGAGGAAAUGGGUUCGCCGAGAAUUACUCACCAAUACACAAGAUUUACUGGAAAGGAUGUGGCAAAAGCAAAGGCUGAUGGUGGGUCAGACAUGUUCGAUGAGAUCAGACAGAGAUUUCUAGAGUUCAAGAACAACAAAUUCUUGAAGGAGGCGGCGCAUUUUCAGAAUCUUGCUAGAGCUCAGUCGCCAAAGCUCAUGGUGAUUGCUUGUGUAGACUCUCGGGUGUGCCCGACUAAUGUACUUGGACUCCAACCAGGAGAGGCCUUCAUGGUGCGUAAUGUCGCAAAUCUUGUUCCGGCAAUCGAGUUUGGACCAUCGGAAACUGGCGCUGCUCUUGAAUUCGCAGUGAAGACUCUUGAAGUGGAGAAUAUAUUAGUCAUAGGCCAUAGUCAAUGUGCUGGAAUUGAAGCCCUUAUGGGCAUGCAGGAUUCGAAUCCAAGAAAUUAUGUAGAGAGAUGGGUCAUCAAUGGAAAAGCCGCCAAGCAACGAAUAGAAGCGACCGCACCGCACCUGAACUUUGACCAGCAAUGCACACAUUGUGAAAAGGAAUCCGUCACUCAGUCCCUGAACAACUUGCUUACAUAUCCAUGGAUAAACGAAAGAGUCAAGGAAGGACUACUUUCCCUCGGCGGAGGGUACUAUGAUUUUGUCGACUGCACAUUUGAGAAAUGGAGUCUCGAUAUCGAAGGAAGCGGCGCCGUUGGAGGGAAGAGAUACUCGACGAAAGAUCACAGGUUCUGGUGCUGAGAGAUCUUCUCUAAUGUGUCCUGGAAAUUGGGAUGUACUAUGUGGUAUAAUUGGAAUGUGGCUGCCCAGAUGAUUGAACUUUCUACAGAUUGUCUUGAUACAAUAAAAUGCGACGAAAAUCGAUGAUGUAGUAACUGAUGGAAGCCGAUGAGCCGAUCUGUGUACCUGUAAAUUGUAAGGUGAAGUUGUUUAAGGAACUCAAAGCACCAAUCUUCGCAAUCUCAA